GCACAACACAGCAUUAAAAUAACAAUUUUAAUGUUAAAUGGGGUCCAUUGGGAGCGUGGUGCUUACUAAGCCUCCAUGUUUUGACCUUGAGACCCAAAAAUUGCCCUGACUGCACAGUUCUGGAGCAGGUGAAGAUUGCCUUGCAGAAAGAGGACCUCUGCAGUAGGUGGAAAGACAUGACAUGAAUACCCUGAGUUUACCGCUUAACAUUCGCCGUGGAGGUUCUGAUACCAACCUGAACUUUGAUGUACCAGAUGGGGUCCUAGAGUUUCACAAAGUCAAACUCAGUGCAGAUAGCUUGAAACAGAAAAUUCUCAAGGUUACAGAGCAAAUCAAGGUUGAACAAACAGCUCGAGAUGGAAAUGUGGCUGAGUAUUUGAAACUGGUAAACAGUGCAGACAAGCAACAGGCCGGGCGCAUUAAACAAGUCUUUGAGAAAAAGAACCAGAAAUCUGCCCACUCCAUUGCCCAGCUGCAGAAGAAAUUGGAACAGUAUCACAAAAAGCUCAAGGAUAUUGAACAAAAUGGAUCUUCCAAAACUACCAAGGAUACUUCCAAAGAUAACUUGAAAGAUGUUCAACAUGGAAAGUCUCGUACCACUGGGCAUGGAACAGAGAGCAGCAAGUCGGGUGUGCCAGGUGUAUCUUUGACACCACCUGUCUUUGUUUUCAGCAAGUCUAGAGAGUUUGCCAACCUGAUCCGAAACAAAUUUGGUAGUGCAGACAACAUUGCUCAUCUCAAAAAUACCCUGGAUGAAUUUCGGCCAGAAACGAGUUCCAGAACAUAUGGGGGCAGUGCCACCAUUGUUGCCAAACCAAAAUAUGUUAGUGAUGACGAAUGCUCAAGUGGGACCUCUGGAUCAGCAGAUAGUAAUGGGAAUACUUCUUUUAGUCCUGCUGUGGCAAGUACCCUGGACAGCCAAGGAAAGCUUUCCAUGAUUUUGGAGGAACUAAGGGAAAUCAAGGAGACCCAGUCCCAAUUAGCUGAUGAUAUUGAGAAUUUAAAAACACAAUUUAAAAGAGACUAUGGCUUUAUUUCUCAGAUGUUACAAGAGGAAAGAUUUAGAUACGAAAGAUUGGAGGACCAGUUAAAUGACCUCACUGAUCUUCAUCAACAUGAGACAGCAAACUUGAAACAAGAGCUAGCCAGCAUAGAGGAGAAAGUGGCAUAUCAGGCAUAUGAGCGAUCACGAGAUGUUCAGGAAGCCUUGGAAUCAUGCCAGACCCGGGUGUCCAAACUGGAGCUCCAUCAGCAGGAACAGCAAGCACAGCAGUCUGAAACAGUUAAUGCCAAAGUGCUCCUGGGGAAAUGUAUAAAUGUUAUCCUGGCCUUCAUGACUGUCAUCUUAGUGUGUGUUUCUACUAUUGCAAAGUUCAUUGCUCCUAUGAUGAAGAGCCGCUUUCAUAUCAUCUGCACUUUUUUCGCAGUGACGCUGCUGGCAAUAUUUUGUAAAAACUGGGAUCAUAUAAUUUGUGCCAUAGAAAGGAUGAUUAUACCAAGAUGAAGCCGUUGGACUUGUUUUUCUUUUUUUUUCUUUUUUUAAAUUUUCUUCCCCUCCCUGUUUUUUAAGCACUGUGUGUAUACAAAUUCUGGUGUAAAUGCAUAAAAGCAUAUUCGUUGGCA